AUGCACAUCCUAGGCAGAGAUGAGCAAGUGGCCCUUGCAGAGCACGUGGCUCAGUAUGACGAGGUCAUGAACRUCAACGUCAGAUCUGUAUACCACCUGACUCAGCUCUGUGUACCUCACCUCGUCAAGACCAAGGGUUCUAUCGUUACUGUCUCUAGCGUCAACGGCCAAUGAUCAUUUUUCUCAUUUCCAGGUGUCUAUUGUAUAUCUAAAUCUGCCAUUGACCAAUUCACACGUUGCAUAGCACUAGAGCUGGUAUCAAAGCAAGUACGAGUCAACACUGUCCGUCCUAGCGUGAUCAUAACAUGUGUCCACGGGAGAGCUGGGCGGGAAGAGGAGCAGCAUGCUCAGUUCCUGGAGAAGUGUAAGCAGACCCAUGCUCUGGGUAGAACAGGUGAGGUGGCUCAUGCUAUAGCCUUCAUGGUGUCGGACGCUGUCACAUUCAUCACAGGGGUCAACCUACCCGUGGACAGGGGGCGCUAUGCCAUGUGUCCAAUCCUGUGUCAAUACAAAACCCUGAACUAUCUGUCCGAGCAUAUGCUGGAGGGUUAG